GCUGCCUAAGAGCAGCUUAUCCUAUUCCACUCUCCAGGAUGGCGGUUCAAACACCACUUGAGCAUCACCAUCUCCAAGCUAUUCAAAACUUGUCUCUGCUCCUGUAGUCAUCUUCAAUAUAUCAAAAAUGCAGCUUCUCUUUCGAACUAUUUUCUCCACAUUCUUCUAUUUACUACCUUAAAUUCUUUAUCUUUCGUGUCUCAAGCAAGCAAUUCUUGCAAUGCUACAUCUUUUUUUGAAGCAUCUGGCAGAAGUCUCGCUGGUGUUAUAGAUCAUUAAAAAGCAGUAGGUAGAUAUCAAUCCCCGGAACAAUGUGUUCUCCAUUCAACAGUAUGGAUCAACUAAAGCUCCACCUUCACAUCUCUCAAUCUAUGAAUUUAACAACAUCGAACGAGGAGGAUCUUGUUGAAUGGUGCCUUGCACUUAACUUGAUUUCUCACCUAGCAGCUUAUAUUGCAGUUUUAGGUAUAAUCAUAACACAUCUGAAAACUCAAACAUGAAGCAUACCCAUACUGCUAUACUUGUAUGUCAUUAAUAUUAUUUAGUUGUUGCAGCAUUAAUCGCGAUAGUAAUUCUGAUGAUUUUGAGGUAUGUCUCGGAAUUUAAUGAUGAGAGCAACGAGUAUGAAUCGAGGCCAACAGAGACUACUCCAUUGUGCAGUACCAAUGUGGCAGCAUCAGUGACAUACAGAACAUGUGAAGAUCAAGAUUUGGAAUCAGGAAACUGCAACAACAGUAGUGAUGAAUCUGAUGAUGACUUGUAUGAUGGGAAACUAUGUGCGAUUUGUUAUGACGAGCAGCGGAAUUGCUUCUUCGUUCCAUGUGGGCAUUGUGCCACCUGCUAUGAGUGUGCUAAGAGGAUUUUUGAUGGAGAAAACAAGAAAUGUCCAGUGUGCCGAAGAUUGAUUGGUAAAGUAAGGAGACUUCUUGCUCCAUAGCAUCAUUCUUUUAGGAGCUGAGUUUUUUUUUUUUUUUUUUUUUUUUUUUCUGUUUU